AUGGAUCCUGGAAACACGUCGCCCAGCGCUGAGAGUAUAUCAUCUGGCAGAGGAGCACCUCGCAGAGACGUGCGAACGCUCCCAACCCCAGCGGCGGGCACAGGUGUCGCGACCCCCCAGGUGGACCGCAAGGAUAGACUCUGGACAGAGAUUGACGUACUGGACGACGUAAAGAGGAUGGCGGCCAUGGACACCGCAGAGCGAGGCUUUCCCGAUGAUUUUGAGGCGCGGCUGCAGCAUCUUCGGCGGUCCCAAGCUGCACUAUUGGACGCAACACGAAUGCCAGCAGCGAACAUAGAUGCGCAGCGCCAGCGGAUAUUGGAUAUAAUGCGCAAACUGGAGGGCUUGCGAGACCUUGAUGAGGGUACAUAG